GCAAGAUUUCAGUCGUGCACUAUCAAUGGGCUCACUCGAACACGAAGACAUACCGAUCGUUGACUUCUCCGGCAAGAAAAUGGAGCCGGGGACGAGCCAUUGGACCACGACAAGGGACAUUGUCCGACGAGCCAUGGAAGAACAAGGAUGGUUCGUGAUCGAGUACGACGGUGUGGGUCCAGAUCUCCUGGAGGACUUGCUGGGCGGGAUGAAGGAGAUGUACGAGCUGCCGUACGGGGUCAAGAUCAAGAACGAGAACCACAAGGCCUCGCACGGGUACAUGUCAAUGGUGGUCCAAGAUUACCAGAUCCACGAGAGCUUGGGGAUCGAUUAUGCCACGCAGUUCAAGUCUUGCCUCGAUUUCUCCCGUCUCCUUUGGCCCGACGGAAACGAUCCCUUUUGCGAAACAACUCAUUCGUACGCCAAGACAUUAGCAGAGAUGGACCGAACAGUGAUGAGGAUGUUGUACGAGAGCUACGGAAUGGACGAACAAAAGCACUUGGAGACUUACGUCGAGUCGACUCGGUACUUGUUGAGGUUACUGAGUUACAGGAAACAACGAAACGGAGCACCCAACACGGCCUUCGUGUCUCACACCGACAAGAGUUUCACGACAAUCCUUCACCAGAACCAUGUCUUAGGUCUUCAGUUAAGAUCCAAGUCCGGCGAAUGGAUCCAGUUCGAGCCCUCACCCACAAGGUUCGUGUUCCUCGCCGGUAUGGGUAUCACGGCAUGGAGUAACGAUAGGAUUAAACCGUGUUACCACAGAGUAGUGAUGAGUGCAGACGAAGUGAGAUACUCGAUGGGAUUCUUCUCCUUCCACAAAGACACGAUCCGUACACCAGAGGAGCUUGUGGAUGACCAGCAUCCCCCAAGGUACAACCCCUUCGAGCACGACGGUCUUCUACGCUUCUACGAGUUGUACCUUCUUCAGAAGAAAACCAGCGAAGACCUUCUUCAUAUGUACUGCGGUGUUAACUGAUCCCAAAAUGAAUAAGUUCUGUGAUGAAGUGAAUCGAUGUGAAACAAAAGCUUGUGAGAGAUGAAGAAAUCAAAGAUGUUUUAUUGAUUUGGGCAAAAAACAAAGUAUUGAGAGAUGAAUCGAUCAGGGGAGUGUUGUUCAAACAAACACUUUUUAUUC